AUGGCUCAAUUCCAUCCUUGCCAACUUGAAGACACCAUAACGUCGCCUAGUACCCUCGCAGUAGCCGUAAAGAGAUUGCCCAUCCAGUCGCGGAAAUGCUUUGAAGCAGAACGAGCGGCAUUUAAACACAUCAAGGCACAUGAUCUAGGAAGAUUCAAUAUCGCAACACUCCUCACAGAUCCCCUCACCACCCCUAAAUCACAUUACUUCAUCCUCCCUUUAGCUGACGGCGACAUGGAGCGCUCAAUGCAAGUCCCCGAUUUCUCCGACUACAGCAAUUCCAUACACGCACGAAUGGCACCGCUCGUAGAAGGUCUCGCAACUUUACAUGAGACAGGAAUCGCACACUGCGAUCUCAAACACAAAAACAUCCUCAUUUACAAGACUUCCGAGCAUGACCUAACGCUGAAGAUUGCCGACUUCGGACACUCCUUGCCAAUCUUGCCUGACACGCACCCAGCAAAGGGUCACUUCUGUCCAUCAACCUUCUCGGCGCCAGAAACCUGGUGA